UGUAAAUUAUUUCAAUAUUAUUUAAAAUUAAAUGUUAAAUAUCAAAUAUUUUAAUAAUAAUGAUAACUCAUUUUUCAUUUUAAUGUGUAAUAUAGUCUGUUGUUAAUUUAAAGAAAUGAAUAAAGAUGUUAAUAUUUUCUUCUCGUGUAAUUUAAAAUACAUUUUGUUAAUCCUUAUCUUCUAUUUUAUUUCUUUCACUGAAGGUUUUAUUACAACCAAUCGUCAUGGAAUAAAUGUAAAUCAUGUAUUUAAUCCAUCAUCCAAAUGUAUACUCAGUAGAAAACAAAAUCACCAGGAAUGUUUUCUAUUCAACAAUACAGAUGUAAGCAACAACACAGGAGUAACUUUCGGUACAGAAUGUUUAAAUAAUUUAUUAAACACAACCAAUACUGUUCCAAAUAUCGAUUGUAAUGUUGAUGACGAUAUUAUACAUGAUAUGAUAACCCCUGAACAAGAACUAACAUAUCCUCUAAUAUCAAAAUCAUUUCAAACAUUUCAUGGUGUGUAUACUAAUCAUUGUUUAUAUGUCGAUGCAAUCAUUAGGGCAGAUGAAAUUAAUAUAGCUGAGACAUUAAGAAAACAAAUUAAAAGCAUGAUCUCCUAUGGAAUUAAUCACAUUUGGAAAUAUAAUGUGUUGGAUGCAAAUACCAAAACCUUAAAACAGGAUGAUGUCUAUAUGAUCAAACGGCCUGGAGUAGCGAUUGCAUUCAAUUAUAAAAUUUCAAAAGCAAUGCAGAAAAAACUAUCAGAAAAAAAUAUUAAACUUAUUAAGGGAGAAAAAAUUGAUAAUAUACUCGAAAUGGCAUGGGAUGAACUUAUCAGGAUUGCUGGCCAGAACAGAAUUGUAACCAUUUAUGGAAAGGCAGAAGUUAAAGAAGUGGCUAAGGACUCUGAGGAUAAGAACGCGGGACGGUGUGUAGUAACAUACGGAAAGAUCAAUCCAUUCUUAAAUGUUAGAAUCAUAAGAGGAGAUCGUAUAUUUUAUUAUGGGAAAAUAUCAACAUCGACAAAAGGGAUACAAUAUCCAAUUGAAAUUUAUAAGGGUGAAACUUGUUGGAUCACACUAGAAGAGUUUGAUGAUAUUAAAGUUGGAGAUGUAAUUGAAGCAUACUCCGACUGAUUAAUUUAUACUCAAAAAAUUUAUAUGUUAUUAUUUUGAAAAUUGGAGCAGAGUCUAAAUUGUUGAGAGUCGCU